AUGGCUGCAUUCUUUACGCGUAAACCAGACUGCGGGGAAACCAAAUCCAUUCCUUCCGCCCGGGGACCUGGCUUCCUCCCCUACGAAGGUGAGCGGGCUGGCCCCGGCCCCCCGGCCCGCCCGUCCGACCUGUCAGUCCCGCCCGCGCCGCGCGGGCUACCCUGGCGCGCAUCCCCCCGACUCGCCCGGCCCAGGCCCGGGCCCGCGCCCAACGCCCGCCGCCCGCCCGCCGCGCGGCGCCCGGGGUGCCGGGGCAGCAGACAGAGCGGCCCGGCCCCGCCGUGCCCCCGCGGGCGGGCGGGCAGGCGGGAGAGGGGCGCCCCCGGGGACCCCCGCGAGGGGGCCAGGCCGGGGGUGGGGGCAGGAUCGGGGCCGGGGGGCCGGGCCGCGUCCCCCGCCCCCACGGCCGGCUCUCCGCACAAAAUGGAGCCGGUCGGGGCGCCGCCGAGAGCGGGCCCGAUGGUGACCCGGUGCCCCCUACUCGGCUUCGGGCCCGCAGCUCGGCGGCGGCUAGCAGGAGGCGGCCUGGCCCGCGUCCCGCCGCUCCUCGGCCCGGCGCACAAAGAGCCGAGGAGCGGCCCCGCGCCCGCUCCCCGACCGGGCCCGCAGCGGGACAGGCCUCGCAGGCGCCCGCCCGGCCCCGGCCCCGGCCCCGGCGGGAGGGCGGGCGGACAGAAGGGAGGCGAGUGCCCCCGGCCGCGGCGGCGUUGGCGGCGGGGACGGCGCCGGGAGGAGACGGACAUUUCAUUCGAGCUAAAGUGGAGUCGGUUUAGGAGCGAUCAUUGGCCGAAGCGAGACACAAACCUCCAAUGCAGCCCUGGUUGGCUCCCGUCUCCAAUCGGCUGUUUGGUUGGACAGAAAAUGGCUGCGAAGGAACCAGUCCCAGCGCGGAGCUCCGCUUCCAGGACUCGGCCUCCCCUCCCUCCGCCGCGGGCCGCUUCCCUCGGCGCGACACCCUCCCUCCGCGCCUCCCGCGCGCCCUCCCGGCACGGCCACGCCCCGGCCCCGGCCCCGCCUCCGACCCCGCCCCGCGCGCCCGGCAGCCGGAGCUUCGCCAGCCUGCAGAGCCGCCUGCAGAGCCGGCUGCAGGCUGCGGCGGGCAGGUCCUGCGGGGCUACCCGAGCCGGCCAGUGGCCUCCUCGUUCCGCUGAGGCUUCCAGGGACUAG